AUGCCUGAGGAGACCCAGACCCACGACCACCCGAUGGAGGAGGAGGAGGUGGAGACGUUUGCCUUCCAGGCAGAAAUUGCCCAGUUGAUGUCCCUGAUCAUCAAUACUUUCUACUCGAAUAAGGAGAUCUUUCUGAGGGAGCUUAUUUCAAACUCAUCCGAUGCUCUGGACAAGAUCAGAUACGAAAGUCUGACAGAUCCCAGUAAACUAGACUCUGGGAAAGAGCUGCACAUCAAUCUCAUUCCAAACAAGCAGGACCGAACCCUCACUAUUGUGGAUACUGGGAUCGGGAUGACCAAGGCCGAUUUGAUCAAUAACCUGGGCACUAUCGCCAAGUCCGGGACCAAGGCGUUCAUGGAGGCUCUGCAGGCUGGUGCAGAUAUCUCGAUGAUUGGCCAGUUUGGUGUCGGGUUCUAUUCAGCCUAUUUGGUUGCUGAGAAAGUGACCGUGAUCACCAAACACAAUGAUGACGAGCAGUAUGCCUGGGAGUCUUCCGCAGGAGGAUCCUUCACAGUUAGGACUGACGUAGGGGAACCCAUGGGCCGUGGCACAAAGGUUAUCCUGCACCUGAAAGAGGACCAGACGGAGUACUUGGAGGAGAGAAGGAUCAAAGAGAUCGUGAAGAAACACUCCCAGUUUAUUGGCUACCCCAUUACUCUCUUUGUGGAGAAGGAACGUGAUAAAGAAGUCAGUGAUGAUGAGGCUGAAGAAAAGGAAGAGAAAGAAAAAGAAGAAAAGGAUUCCGAAGACAAACCUGAAAUUGAAGAUGUUGGUUCUGACGAAGAGGAAGAAGAAAAGAAGGAUGGUGACAAGAAGAAGAAGAAGAAGAUCAAGGAGAAGUACAUCGAUCAAGAAGAACUGAACAAAACCAAGCCCAUUUGGACCAGAAACCCUGAUGACAUUACUAAUGAAGAAUAUGGAGAAUUCUACAAGAGCCUGACCAAUGACUGGGAGGAUCACUUGGCAGUGAAGCAUUUUUCAGUUGAAGGACAGCUGGAAUUCAGAGCUCUUCUUUUUGUCCCAAGACGUGCUCCCUUUGACCUGUUUGAAAACAGAAAGAAAAAGAACAACAUUAAGUUGUAUGUUCGCAGAGUUUUCAUCAUGGAUAACUGCGAGGAGCUGAUCCCUGAGUACCUGAACUUCAUUAGAGGUGUGGUGGACUCUGAGGACCUCCCUCUAAAUAUUUCCCGGGAGAUGUUGCAACAAAGCAAAAUUUUGAAAGUUAUCAGGAAGAAUUUGGUCAAAAAAUGCUUGGAACUCUUCACUGAACUGGCAGAAGAUAAGGAGAACUACAAAAAGUUUUAUGAGCAGUUCUCUAAAAAUAUUAAGCUUGGAAUUCAUGAAGAUUCUCAAAAUCGGAAGAAGCUCUCUGAGCUAUUAAGAUACUACACAUCUGCCUCUGGUGAUGAGAUGGUCUCCCUCAAGGACUACUGCACCAGAAUGAAGGAGAACCAGAAGCACAUCUACUACAUCACAGGGGAGACCAAGGACCAGGUGGCUAACUCAGCCUUCGUGGAGCGCCUGCGGAAGCACGGCCUAGAGGUGAUCUACAUGAUCGAGCCUAUCGAUGAGUACUGUGUGCAGCAGCUGAAGGAGUUCGAGGGAAAGACCUUAGUGUCAGUCACCAAAGAGGGCUUGGAACUUCCAGAAGAUGAAGAAGAGAAAAAGAAACAGGAGGAGAAAAAAACCAAGUUUGAAAACCUGUGCAAAAUCAUGAAGGACAUCUUGGAGAAAAAAGUAGAAAAGGUGGUCGUAUCAAACCGGUUGGUGACAUCCCCAUGCUGCAUUGUCACCAGCACAUAUGGCUGGACAGCAAACAUGGAGAGAAUCAUGAAGGCUCAAGCCCUGAGAGAUAACUCGACAAUGGGUUACAUGGCAGCAAAGAAACACCUGGAGAUCAACCCAGACCAUUCCAUCAUCGAGACCUUACGGCAGAAGGCGGAGGCAGACAAGAAUGACAAGUCUGUGAAGGAUCUGGUCAUCCUGCUCUAUGAGACCGCGCUCCUGUCCUCUGGCUUCAGUCUGGAAGACCCUCAGACCCACGCUAACAGGAUCUACAGGAUGAUCAAACUCGGUCUUGGUAUCGAUGAAGAUGACCCCACUGCUGACGAGAGCAGUGCUGCUGUGACCGAGGAGAUGCCGCCCCUGGAAGGAGACGAUGACACCUCCCGCAUGGAGGAAGUUGACUAG